CGUUACCCAACCUCAUCGGAAAUUAUCGUUCACACCCUGCGAUUCUCGCUGUGCCAUCCCACGUUCCAAGACCAAAUUCUUCGAGAAGGACAUAGAAAGGGGCUGGAGCAUAAUCAGAGAGCCCAACAAAAUGAACGUUGCGCUGACCAGGGCCAAAUUUGGGUUGAUUGUUCUGGGCAGGAGUGGAGUCUUGGAUCCUGACGAGGACUGGAAAGCUGUAAUGGCGUUUUAUGACCGCAACGGGCUGGUGACUGGGGAGGAAAACCUCGCAGCGCCUCGUGAUGAGGACCAGGCCGGUUUCACGCGGUUGGAAAAAGUUCUACUGGCGGCUGAAAUCUAUGAGUAAAAUGGUCG